AAGGUCUGCAGCAAAGAGGAUUAGACGACGGGGCUGAGUAAGGCGGGGAAAUAGAAUGAGCGGGGAUGACUUCUCACUAUCCUGUCCCUACAACAUCUUCCCUCAUAAUUGAGACGUUAUUCUUGAAACGAACUCAUUCCGUUUUAGACUUACGUCACACUAAGCUUUCUUUUUAUACGAAGGAAGAGUGGUUGUGGUAGGGCUCAUCGAUGCGGCUGAAAGGUCUCCAUCCUAAAGGAUCAUCUGGUUGCCCGAUGGAGAUGCUAGCUCCGUCAAGUGCCUGCUUAUGGAAUCCUUUUACUCCUUCUAGAAUCUUGAUUCCUUUUCUCCUUUGAAGGGCUGUUCGCUAGUAAGCCGAGGAUGUCGAUUUUGAAUGUAGCGGCUCAAUUAUCAGGCUCUAACUAAGUGUUAUAAGUAGGAGCCCUCAAAAUCGACGAUUGACUCUUCUCAUCCACCUCACAUCACUCUUUCAUCUUGGAGAAACUCAUUUUCAUUUGCAACAAGUACUUUACAAUCAUUAUCAUGAAGUUGUCCCUUAGCCUCGUUCUCGGCCUUGGUGGCUUGUGUCUAAAUGCUUCUGUUAUCGAACGAAGAGGUUCCACAUCUUGGGCCGGAACAAACAAUUACUAUAUUCAUGGUCUAUCGGCUGAAGAACAGACUUCGUACAUCAAUGCACUCAAAGGCUUCGAAACGAAAGUCAUCAGAUUGUGGGGUUCGUACUUUUGAAAACCUUAUCCAUAGACAACUCAAUUCUAACACACCCUCUCAGUCACCGGUACAUCAGACGGCCGUGCAAAGUCCUCAAAAACCUUCAAUGUCCCCCAGUACGAGACAACCAUAGGAACAUACGUCCCCGAAACUCUCGACGCCCUCGACAAAGUCCUCAAGCAGCUCCACGAUGCGGACAUCAAAGCCAUCAUCUCCCCGCACGAUGCUAACCUCCUCCCUCCUGCGGGGGCCGACAAAGGGUACAAUGGCAUCGAUAUCUAUGGCUCGACCUACAGUCAUCGGAUAACUUUUACAGUAGUGUUACUGCGAAGGGACAGUAUGAUAACCGCCUUGCCAGUAUCUUGAAUUACAAGAGUAAGGCCUUUGGUGGCAAAGCAUGGAAAGAUCCCUCAGAAGUGAUUCUAGCUUUUGACAUCCAGAAUGAGCCAAUGAUUGCGUCGAAAGAGAAGUUGCAGAAUAAUGAUCCGGAUGAUUGGAUCUGUGGUCGUGCUGGGAAUAUGCGCAAAGUCAUGGCAAACUCGGUAAGUUUUGUUCUUCUAAAUUCAUUCUCUUUAUGUAAGAACUAACCUUACCCUUUCAGAGCGUGAAAAUUUCAACCGGUGGUCUCGGGGGCUCAGAGUACUCAGGUCACGAACUGAAUCUCAUCGAUAAAGCUCUCAACUGCCAGGCCAUCGACUUAAUCGCCAUCCACGGGUACAUGACCCAAGCCUCCCAAUGGGCACCCUACAUGCCCGAGCUAUCCAACAAAGCCGCGCAGAAGGGGAAGUUGGUCUUUGUCGAGGAGUGGGGUGUAGGAUCCGACUCGUCGUAUGAUAGUGUUGCUAAACAGGCCGCUGUCUUUACCGAUGCUGGUGUACCUUGGGUAUGUUUACCACUUCACCCCUUCCAUUCCCAUUCCUUAUUGUAUCAAUGUAGAGAUGUACUGACGAGAAACAGAUGUACUGGCAAAUCAUCCCCGGCAAAUCAUCCCCGGCAAAUCCAUCGAUGAGAGCUGCAGCGGCGAAUGCUGUCAUAGCGGUCUAUCCAGCACGCCUAAUGAAGCGUUUGAGGUGGGUAUCACGAGUAAGCGAGCGGAUUUCAAGACUCUCAUGGGCGCGGCGAAUUUGAAGCCUGCGACUCAGGAUUGGACUGGGGUUUUGUGAGUUUGGGGGUUUUACCGUGUUGUUGGUGGUUGGGCAGUGGGUGGUUUUUUUGUGUAUCUAUUUUUGUUCUUUGAUCAAUCUAUAAAAGUCAAAGACAGUUUUCAUUUUUCGUCGGUUUAAGCUACGGGGGAAGUAUAACGACAUUGUUCUCAAGGGGUUAAU